AUGGAUGCAUAUAUUAUGCAUUGUCUGAAUCAUGUCUUCAGAACUAGAGAUCUUGUAAUGAAGAAUGAUGCAAAAGUGUCCAAGCGUCAAGAAACUGAUAAUAAUGAAAUUCUUGCUGAUGAUAAUUUCCUUGAUCAUGGAUUUACUCGUCCUAAGGUUUUGAUCAUAUUGCCAAUUGCGAGCAUUGCACUUCGUGUUGUUAAGAGGCUAAUACAGCUUACUCCUUCAGCUCACAAGGUUAAUGUGGAGCACAUGGAUCGAUUUUCUAGAGAGUUCGGAACUGAAGAGGAUCAUGAUAAUGAGGACGAAAAAGAAAUUCCCCCAGGUGACCAUGACUACGGAAAUGUAAAACCUCAUAAGUCUACGAAACCUGGUGACUUUCAAGUACUUUUUGGUGGAAAUAGCAAGGAUGACUUCAUGGUUGGCAUCAAGUUCACAAAGAGGAGCAUAAAGUUGUACAGUGAUUUCUAUACCUCAGAUAUGAUAGUUGCCUCUUCAGUUGGUUUGUUGAAGAAAAUUGAUGAGGCUAAAGUAAAUAAGGAAAAGGAUGUCGACUAUCUUUCUUCCAUAGAGGUUCUAAUUGUUGAUCAUGCAGAUGUUAUAACAAUGCAGAAUUGGAACUUUUUAAAGUCAGUUGUUGAACAAUUGAACCACAUACCCUCUAAGCAGCACGGAACUGAUGUCAUGCGUAUAAGACAGUGGUACCUGGAUGGAUAUGCAUCCUUCUAUAGGCAAACGAUACUUUUGAGUUAUUAUUCAACCCCAGAUAUAAACAGUUUGUUCAACAAGAACUGCAAUAAUUACCAUGGGAAGGUGAAGUUGGUGCAUGAACAUAAAGGAGUUCUUCCUAAAGUUGUACUUCAAGUCCGCCAGAUUUAUCAGCGGUUUGAUGCAGAUUCAAUAGAGCAUUUUGAUGAUGCUCGUUUUGAAUAUUUUACUACGAAGGUUUUCCCAAAAAUAAAAGAUUCUAUUGAGGGUGGGAUUAUGAUAUUUAUAAGUUCUUACUUGGAAUAUGUUCGAGUUCGGAAUUUUUUGAAGUCGCAGAGUGCAUCCUUCUGUUUGCUUCAUGAAUAUGCAGAACAAAGUGAUAUUUCUCGUGCACGGGUUCAGUUUUUUGAAGGAAAGCGGAAGAUCAUGCUUUACACUGAGAGAUCACAUUUUUACCACAGAUACAAGAUUCGUGGAAUUCAGAAUUUAAUCAUCUAUUCACUGCCAGAGAGAAAGGAAUUUUACCCUGAGGUUGUUAAUAUGAUUGAUGGGUCCCAUGACAUGGCAUGCACAGUGCUCUUUUCUCAUUUUGAUCUCCUUCGGCAUGGUUAUCUUCAAUUAAAUAAAGAAACUAUCAACCAUGAGAUGUGGUGUGGUGGUAGCUCACCUCAUCCCUUAACCAUGAGGUUGGGAGUUCGAUCCCCGCCCAUGGGAAUGGAGCACAUUUCGUGGCCAGCUGUUUACCUCCUUAGGGAGAGCUCCCGCAGCGAAAGGGAUUAG